AUGCCUUCCGCCAUUCCUUCCCCUAGGAACCCGUCCUAUAUUCUCAACCAAAUCGUCAUCUCCCCCUCUGACGCUGACUACCUUGACCAACUCAUCCCCUCAAUCCGCGAAUACAGCCACGGCAACCGCACCUCCCAACUCCUCCAAUCCCUUUCCAAAUUCGCUCUGGACCGCGAAGCAGAAAUAGAACAAAACUGCACCUCCAACCACCAAGAGUUCGUCGCCUCCGUAAACCAGCUCCUCCUCGUCCGCGAGGGAACCGUCUCCCUCACUUCCGAAAUUCUAGACCUCAACCAGUCCAUCCAGGCAAGCACAGAACGUCUUGCGGAGCAGAAAAAGGCACUCGUCGAAUCACGGAGCCACAGACAGAAUAUCGAUGACACCUCUCGCGCUCUGCAGGAUUGUCUCGAGGUCCUCCGUCUGGCGAACCAGGUAAAUGACCUCCUGAUGAAAAAGAGUCACUAUGCCGCCCUGCGCGCCCUCGACGAACUCGAAAACGUACACCUGCGCUCCGUCACGCAGUACAAAAUUGCAGAGAUGAUCCAGCGCUCUGUCCCAGCGACGCAAAAGGCCAUCGCGGAAGCUGUCAUGGCAGAUCUGAAUACCUGGCUGUACCGCAUUCGAGAAAUGUCUCAGUACCUCGGGGAGAUCGCCUUAUACCAUACGGACCUACGAAAGAGGCGACAGAAGCAGCGAGCAGAGCUGAAUCCGUAUUUCGGACAGUUCAAGCUCAAUUCUCCUGUCGAACUUGUCUCGGAUGAGCAUGAGGAGUUCGAUCUCUUGCAGAAUGAUGACUUGCAGGUUGAUUUCACGCCGCUGUUUGAAUGUUUGCAUAUCCAUCAGUCAUUGGGGCAGAUGGAGAGGUUUCGGGGUGAGUAUGCGACGACGAGGCGGAGGCAGAAGGAAUUACUCUUGCCUCCAGUUAUUGAGCUGGUGGAUGAGGAUGGGGCCAGUUUGCAUACGUUGCUGGAGGAGAUUGCGGGGUUUGCCAUUGUGGAGAGAUCGACUAUGAAGAAGAUUCCGGAUUUGAGGUCUUCUGUUGAUGUGGAUGAGCUUUGGGAUUCCAUGUGUCAGGGCGCCGUUACCCUUAUUUCGAAGGCACUGGAUGCAGUCGACAACGCGGAAAAUAUCUUGAAAAUUAAGAACUUGAUCGUUUUGUUCAUGCAAGCUAUGGAUACUUGGGGCUUCCCAGUUGGAGUAUUCGACAAUUUCCUCAUAACCCUGUUUAGGAAAUACGCUGAACUUCUCAAGAAGAGAUUUAGUGAUGAUUUCCAGGAGAUUGUGUCAACAGAUGACUACAUGCCCAUGCCAAUCCAGAACAUUGAGGAGUACGACAAGGUCCUCAAUGUUAGCUGGUAUACUCCGGAGAAGCCACGCGAGGAGCAAACGCUUGUUUCUGCCGCCCAGAGUCCGCAGAAGCAGGAUAAGUUCGGCGCGCUGUCUACGAGGCUUGGGAUGAAAUAG